AUGACCCGCAAUUCAACUACUCCUAUGACCUCCAAUUCUGUAACUUUCGCUAGCGUAGAUGAUGCCUUGGAUUCAUUUAAUCGGAUGCUCCAAAUGAAUCCCAGGCCAUCCGGUGUCAAAUUUGGUCAGUUGGUGUCAUCUCUUGUUAGAAUGAAGGCCUUCCAGGCUGCCUUCUAUGCUUCUAAACGUAUGGAAUUAGCUGGAGUACCACACGAUCGUUACACACUUGGCAUGAUGAUUCGUUGCUUCUGUAAAUUGGGUCGAGUGGAUUUUGGCUACUCAGUUUUGAGCAAAGCUCUGAAACUCGGUAUUCAAUUCAACAUUGUGAUGCUCGGUACAUUGAUUGACGGGCUCUGUAAAGUUGGGAAAGUAAUCGAGGCUGCAAGGUUGGUUCAUAAAAUUAGGAUUUUGGGGUAUCAACCGAAUGUUUUCACUUAUAGCAUAAUUAUAGAUGGACUUUGUAAGAUAGGGCAAACGAAUGCUGGACUUGAAUUGCUUGAAAACAUGAAGGAUAGUUACAAUACAAUCAUCGACGGCCUUUGCAAGAGUGGGUUGGUAUCGAAAGCUUUAGACGUAUUUUCAGAGAUGGAGGAUAGAAAAACUCAGCCAAAUGUUAUUACUUACAAUAGCUUGAUUUAUGGUUUGUGCAUUUCAAGCAGAAUCAACGUAGCUAUGGAGUUGUUCAAUAAAAUGGUAGACAAGAAGAUCAUGCCUGAUACAUUCACCUAUAACAUAUUGGUUGAUGCUUUUUGUAAGGAAGGAAAUGUUUUGGGAGCUAAAGUUAUACUCAAAAUGAUAAUUCGAAGAGGACUGCUUCCGGAUAUCGUCACUUACAAUUCAUUGGUGGAUGGGUAUUGUUUGCGCAAUGAAUUAGACAAAGCCAGAAAGCUAUUUGAUUUCAUUGACAAUAGGGGGUGCAAACCUAACGUUUACAGUUACAGUAUCAUGAUUCAUGGAUAUUGUAAUACUAAAAGGAUGGAUGAAGCCGAACAGUUACUGAAUAGUAUGCUUGAGAAGGAUUUGGUUCCGGAUACGGUCACGUAUAAUACUAUGAUAAAUGGAUUUUGUCGAGUUGGGAGGCUUAAAGAUGCACUACAAAUUCUCAAGAAAAUGAGUGGUGAGGGUUGUUCCCCGGAUAUCAUGACAUACAAUAGUUUGCUUGAUGACUUGUGUCGACAAGGUAAAAUUGACGACGCAUUAGCUUUGUUUCAAGUAAUAGAUAGUAGGUUGAAGUCUGAUGUUGUUGGAUACAGUAUACUUUUGGAUGGACUGUGGAAAGCAGGGAGGGGAGAGGAGGCAAGGGAAAUGUUUUCUAGGCUCUCUAGAGACAACUGUUUGCAACCUGAUGCUCACACAUAUAGUAUAGCAAUUAAUGGACUUUGCAGACAAGGUUUUGUGGAUGAAGCAUAUGAUUUGUUCAGGAAAAUGGAGGUGAAUAGUUGUCUACCAAAUAGUUGCUCUUAUAACGUGAUCAUUCAUGGAUUUCUUCGUCAUAAGGAUCCACUUGAAGCAAUAGACCUCAUUCAUGAGAUGGUUUCGAAAGGCUUCUCUGCCGAUUCAACCACGAUGACUUUGCUAAUAGAAUUGUUGCCCAAGAAUCAGUUGGAUCAUCCAAUUCUCCAGAAGCUGUUGAAUGGUCCUGAUAUCAAGAGUCAUGAAAGAGGGUCCAUUGGUCUAUGA